UAUUUAUAAUUUUAUAUUCUCCACAUUAAUUUGUUCUUGACUGUAUUUUGAGGGGUAGAAAGGCUGGUGAUGGGCCAUGGUAAUCCGCGUUUCCACACCCACCUUUUCUUCUUUUUCUUUUAUUUAUUUGUUUUAUCAGGCUUUCCUUCUCCUUCACUACAAGUCCUGUUGUCGCCACCUUUUUUUUUCUCCGCCAAGAUCUCGAGUGCCCAUUUGUUGAAGAGUCCCUACACGACCUUUUGCCACUCCGUCUCUGGUUUAUGUUAAGUUGGAUACAGGCUCCUGAUAUCAGGAAUGGGUUCUUCUGAUUGGUUUAAGACAAUAAUUAGUUUUAAAAAGGUGAAGGAAGAAAGUUCAAGACAAGCGAAGGGGUCUUCAGCUUCUGGAAAAUCAAAUGGCUUCAAAUGGAAGAACCAAUCACGCAAGGAGUCCGCUAGUUCUGCUGGUGGCAAUCCAGGAGUUAUUGAGGACUUGGCUGCCACUCGGAUUCAAACUGCAUUCAGGGCCUAUUUGGCCAGAAAAACUUUACGCUGCUUGAAAGGAGCUACAAGAUUACAGAUCUUGACCCAGAAUUAUUCUGUUAAAAAGCAAGCUACAACUACAUUGAACUGUCUUCAUACAUGGAGCAAAAUACAGGCCCAAAUUAGAGCUCGCCGACAAAGUAUGGUAACAGAAGGCCGGUUAAGACAGAAGAAAUUAGAAAAUCAACUAAAACUUGAGGCAAAGCUUCAUGAUCUAGAGGUAGAAUGGUGCGGUGGCUCCGUCACAAUGGAAGAAAUUCUUGCAAGAAUACAUCAGAGGGAAGAAGCAGCUGUUAAGCGAGAGCGAACAAUGGCAUAUGCCUUUUCUCAUCAGUGGAGGGCCAACUCUAGCCAAAACCUUGGGUUGGUUAAUUAUGAACUUGGCAAAGCGAAUUGGGGUUGGAGCUGGAUGGAACGCUGGAUUGCUGCACGUCCAUGGGAAAGCCGAAUACCUGCUCAGUCCAUCACUCCAAAGAAAGUGCAGAGUAAACAGACAAACAAAGCUGGUAAAAACACCAAUUCACCAACUGCUAAAACCCCAGUUUCUUCUAAACCAUCUUUGUCCAAUGGGAAGGGAAAUGAUAAGGCCCGAAGAUUGUCAUAUCCAGCUGCUGAAAAAGGUGCUACACUUGAAGGAAGCAUUAAAACUGCAGAAGCCAAGGGAAAUCAUAAGGCCCGAAGAUUGUCAUAUUCAGCUGCUGAAAAAGGUGCUACACUUGAAGAAAGCAUUAAAACCGAAGAAGCAAAAUCUAAAGGGGAACAGUUAGUAUCUUAGUCCCUAGCCAGUACAUAAAGUGGAAAGCUUAAUCUUCAGCAAGUCAUGGUAAGGGAAGAUUCUUUUAUCCAUAUGUUUGUUUCUGAUUGUGUACAACAGGAGUGGCGUGAUUGUGAUAUACUUCUGCAUGCAAUGCAGAACAUUACACAAAGCCUGGAUAUGGGACUCAGCUGAUCAUUCUUCUGUGUUUUUUCUGUUCCUUUUUUUACCUCAAAAAAAUUUCUCUGAUUUUGUUUUUUUUUGAAAAAUAAUUUGUUUCUAUAAUGUAAAUAGGCAGAGGCACAGAGCAUUGUUGGAGUAAUUGCUGGAGUUUUGAGUCUGUAGAUGUAAAAUCCAAGUUAUGAACAAUGUCUGAACUUUUUGUGUUUGAUUCUUUAUGCCUAUUGUGAGGUUCUGCAAAUUCCAUUAA